AUGCAAUCCUACGGUGACGAUGAUCCCGCGCUGCGACCGAUCCAGCGGCGGGAGACCACGCCAGCCCGGCUGACGGGGCAGCCAAUGCCGCCAUUAAGACAGCCGACGGGCUCCUUCGCACGCCACGUACCAGCACCGCAUCAAUUGCCUCAGGCCGGCACGUAUGAAGGGUCGAGGGCUCCUGUAUACUAUGCACCAUACUACUACGGUGGAGCCCCGCAGGGCAUGCCCAUGUACUACCCUUCACCACCUCUGCAUUACAUCGACGUGAGGCCCCAACAGGCCGUGCACGAGCCCAGCCUCAUGGGUUACUCUACAGCAGCCAUGCCAGGUUUGCCACUCUCCUCGAUUGACAGCAGUCGGGCACACGUUCGGCGAUCACGCUCUCGUUCCCGCUCUCGGUCACGCUCCCGUCGACGUCGCAGAUCUCCGCCCAGGUCCAGGUCCAGGUCCAAGUCCAGGUCUAGGAGCAGUUCCGCACAUGUUGGACGGGCUGCCUUGCCCAGUGACUACGGCCGGGAGAGAAGCAGGACGCCAUCGCCAGAGCCGGUGAGGAGGCACCGUCGCAGCCGUCACGACUCUGAUGAGGAGAGUGAUGUGCCGAUUCGCCUCGUCAGGCGUUCACGGACGUACUACCCAGAACCCGAUGAUUAUGAGGGUUCUUCGUCUACUGCUUACUCAUUCACGCCGUCACGCAUGUCGCGCGCCACCUCGGCACAGCCUAGCACCAACACCGAUGAUGAGCCGUCUGAUAAGGAUGAGGAUGAAGCCAAUGCCGUCAGCGGUGGUGGUGCGCGAAAGGAAGCAGACCGCUCGCUGCGCUUAUCCCAUGUUUUCGAGUCACAGUACAGUGGCGAUUACAUGCUGGGUGGCUCUCAUGGCGCGAGACUGGCUGCGGUACAGAGCAGCAGGUUAAAGAUCCAGGGCCUGUUCCGCUGGUUACAUAUCAAGAGAGCCUUGUUGAGCUUUGAAGAUUUCUCGAAUGAAGCCACACGCAUUCCGGACCUGACGGUCGCCGAACAGAAGGGCAUUCGAGAUAUAUUAGCCCGCGUGCAGCGUAAGUAUGUCAAGAAUGUCCAGACAGCCAAUGGAAGAAGUGUUCGCCAUAUGGAGCCAGCAUGCAUACAGCACCUGCUUCCAGCCGACGGAACCUCCAAGGCUCUUGGGUCUGCUCGACGCACGGUGACUUGGGUAUGCCUGCCAUACUUCACGCUCGAACAGUACUCAGGACUACAAGCAGUUGCUGAGAACUCAUCCGAUUUCCCGAUUGAGACGUUGUCACAAGCCAAAUUCUCGAGAGCUGGCAAGGAACGGGAUAUGCUCCAAGCUGUCUGCCAAAUGAAGGACACACCAGCAGGGCUGUGUUUCCAUAUCGCGCAGAUAUGGUGUCUCAUAAUCGACAAUUCAUUCCUACUCACUUACAGUCGUAUGCCUGAGGAUGCUCUGCGUGGAGAUUUGGUUGCCUUGUCUCUGUCGUCUGUCCAGGAGAUAUCGAGUGCCAAGUCUCGGGCAAUCAUUGCUGUUUCCUACCGAAAAACAGUCUUGUGGUCAAUUCCGGUUGACGAAUGCCAGACAUGGCUCGAUUUCCUUUCGCAUUUUCGGGAAUUUUGGCCUAGGCGCCUUCAGUUCUUCCGUCGCAAACGCCCAGUGACAGCAGAGGAUUGGCCGAGGGUCUGGAAUACGGCCAGGCAUGUUACCGAUAAGAUCACGCUUGAGAUGCGUAUCGGGAGGUCUCCUUUGCCGCCGCCAGGUGGGAUUUUGGUCUGCAAGACUGACGAGGGAGUGGAAGAUAUUGCUGCUCCAAAGUCGGAGCCGUCGCACGCCAAACCACAGCCGCCGAAGGACGCGCCAGGACCCAGUCUGAAGCCCGGGCACGAGGACCCAAAGGGCAUAUCACCCAAAUCAGGAUCAUCUUCAGUGUCGUUCAUGCCCAUCUUCUCGUGCCUAGUGGGUGUCACUCAUCCGGAUUAUCAUACGAUCGACGAGGAAGCUUUAGACGACCACCUCCGCGAAGUUGAGGAUUUCUUGCUUUCCCAGACAAGGUUCAGCGACCAACGUGCGUACACAGCCUGUCCCGAGGCUACUCGAGAUCUGCUGUACAAGCAUCUCGACAGGGAGGGCGCUGAGCUAGCACAGCGGAAGGAUAGUGAUCGCGAAAGGCAGCACAAUUACGAAACACGGCUGGCUAUAUUCAAUGCCGCUGAUCUGGUCUUCAAUUUCUUCUUCCCUCCACGAGUUGAUGUUCCUACGAUAGGAAAAUUCUGGGGAGCAUUGACAGCUGUCAUCACGAACGGAAAAUCUCUUUCAUCCACUGAUGGGGACGGCUUUCGACAAAUCGCCCGCCUUUCGAUCCCAAUCUACACUAUUCGGGCCCUUCGUUCAGAACUGAGGACUCUCUGCGUCGAGAUGCAGACUUUCCAGGAGAUCUUCAGCCAGUCCAGCCGAGCAGAGCGUUCCAAGCUCGCCGUGCCCAAGGAGAUGAUCGAGGGCUGGAUUCAUCUCCUUAUGGGACUCGUCCACCUAGCCAACGAAACCGACAAGAGCGACCGACUCCUUGAAGAUGCCAAGACUCUCAUUCGCAGCGGUAUGGCUAUUGUGGUAAACUCCCUCUCCGAGAAGUCAUUGAUAAACAAUUCUAUCGUCUUGCCUCUGGAGCUGUUGUCUUUGGUCAGUUUGAAGCUGCUACAAGACAUCACCUUAGGAAAGCCGGAUAUCAGCGAGUGUUACUCCGCCUCCCUCGAGACAAUGGAAGCGGCUAUUGCAUCAAAACCAUCCGAUCGAUCCCGAGAGUAUCGUAUUAACCUCUUAACAGAAGAGAUCUCGACGGUCCAACGCGUUCUCAACGCCCAGUCGUUCGUCUUUCAGCAGCUCUUGAACUUCACGCACGAAAUUGGUCCAGGAGAAAGCCCUGAUCAGCUAGAUGUUCCGCCACCCGCCACUCAGUAUAUCACGCCAGUAGCACGGCAUGAAUCCAGGGAGAGUGCUGAAACAAUGUACUAUCGAUCUCGAGAGUCCACUCGGACGAGGAUAGCGCCAGAUUACUAUCGAGACUAUCGAGACGAUUACUACCGAGAAGGACCGAGCGAUGCCUAUACGCGUCACUAUCCGUCACCAUCACAUGCGAGGGAUAGAUCUUACUCGCAUGAUAGAGACGCGGUCGUUGGGUAUUACGAUGAGACGCCAUACAUCGCGUCGGUGCCUGUUGAUUUCAAGCUGGCCUCGACGGAUCCGGGCGGCUAUCGCGUUCUUCUGUUGAAUGAGUGCCUGCGAUUUUUGGCCGGACGAAAGAGAGACAUCUCCGGUUUUCGUGGCUGGGCGUCUUUCCUCGAGAAAGUGAACCGCAACAAAAUCGAUACAACCAAGGACCGGCAUGACAACGCCAUCUACGCCUUCACCAUCGUGACCAUCAUCUUCCUGCCUCUCAGCGCUGUCGCCAGCAUCUUCGGUAUGAACACGCGCGACGUGCGCGAUAUGGACUACGACCAGUGGGUUUACUGGGCGGCAGCCAUCCCCGUGUCCGUCGUCGUCAUCUUCCUGGGCCUGCUGUGGACCGGCGAGCUGGGCAACAUUGUGCGCUGGAUUCAGUCGUUCGGUAUCCGCCAGCAGGGCUACCGGUCUCUUCCGGACGACCUUUACUCAGACUACUACAGGACGUCGCCUCCCCCGCCUCCGCCGGUGCCUGUGCCCUAUCCAGAGGAUGUUAUUGUCGUGCCUCCUGGCAAGGUGCCCAAAGACGAAAUGAACAGCUCGACGCUCGCAGCCGGCUGCGACGAUGCAGCAUUCGGCCCCAUCAUCCACGGCUGUCGGCAGGACUUUGACUUCACUCUUGCCUUUGAACAAUACUUCUUCAGUGUUGCUCCAUCUGCCGUGCUCCUCUUGACGGCACCCAUUCGCAUCGCCCUCCUGCGUCGCCAGCCUGCCAAAGUCACAGGAGCCGGACUGAGAUUGACCAAAGUGUCCGUCUGCGCAGCGUGGGCAUGUCUCCAGCUGGCUCUCCUCGUCUUGUGCGCCUCUCAGCAACAUGUACAAGGGUCUCGCCAUACAACCCUUGCCGCCGUCGCCGUUUCGCUUGCUGCAAGCCUCGCUCUCGUACCUCUUUCACAUAUCGAGCACGUUCGGUCCCUUAGGCCCUCUCUUCUCGUCAAUGCAUAUCUCCUGAUAAAUAUUCUACUUGACGUCGCUAUCAUCAGGACCUUGUGGCUAAUGCCCACUACUAAUCAUGCCAUUCGAUCCAUAUUCACAGCUAGCUUUGCUACCAAGGUCGUUCUCUUUGUCCUCGAGGCCGUGGAAAAGCGCAGAUUCUUUCUCCCCCCGUACCAGAAGCGAAGCCCAGAGGAAUCCAGCGGCCUUCUCAGCCAAGGUCUGUUGUGGUGGCUGAAUGAUCUCAUCUUCUUCGGCGCCCGCCAUCUUCUUAAGCCAGAGCGACUGUAUCCUAUCACGGCCGAUAUGUCUUCCGAGAAGCUGAGCGCCCGCUUUUGGGCAAUCAUGACAGACAAUGACCAGAAUCACAUAAGACCAGGACUCAAGAAAGCGCUCUUCCGGCUGCUCUGGUGGCCUAUCCUCCUUCCAAUUCUUCCUCGGCUAGCUCUCCUCACUUUCACCUUGUGCCAACCACUGCUCAUACGUCGACUGUUGGUUUACCUCGCCGAUCCCACCGAGAGACAAGAUGCCAGACUCGGCUACGCAUUGAUUGGUGCUGCCGGCAUCAUUUAUGUCAGCAUGGCAGUAUCUGCAGCAAUUUACUGGCACCGACAUUAUCGUUUCAUGGCUAUGAUCCGAGGCACGCUGACAACAGCCGUUUACCGAAAGGCGAUGAGCAUAAGAUCUACAGCAGCAAGCAAUGCCAAGACAGUAACACUGAUGAGUGCAGACUGCGAACGCAUUACCAGGGGCUUGAUGGACUUGCACGAGCUGUGGGCUAAUAUCGCCCAAGUUGCUAUCGCAACCUACCUAAUCGAAACACAGGUUGGUGUCGCCUUGACGACGGGUUUGACCGGCUAUGCGGCCCAAUUUAUGCCGGGUUUUCAAGUUCAGUGGCUCGAGCAACUUGAGUCUCGGAUAGGUGUUACUUCUUCAAUCAUUGGUUCAUUCAAGGCGAUCAAGAUUACGAACCUUGCGAACAAGGCGUUGACCUUACUACAUAAAUUACGCGAAGAUGAGCUUGCAGCUGCUGCCAAGUUCAGAUACAUCACAUUGAUCACAGCGACAAUUGCGGUCAUCCCGCAACUUAUCUCACCAGUCAUCACCUUCGCAGUUUUCAUCUCGGUCUCAAGGAACAAGACGAGUAGUCUCGAUCCUGCUCGCAUGUUCACAUCACUAUCUCUCUUGCUAUUGGUAGCAGAACCACUCUUCAGUCUGUUCAGUGGUCUGAUGGACUUCAUGACGGCUAUCGGUUCUCUGGGGCGGAUAGAAAAGUUCUUGCUCACUCCAGAUCAGAUGGACAAAAGAAAACUGCAGUCACUCCAGACUCGAUUGUCUUCUGAGGACAGGACGUCUCUCGGUGCUGCACAAUCUCCGCAGCAAGCUCUACACCCACAUUCUAGGACGGACGAUGUUCAUAUCGAUGUACAGAACGGCAGCUUCGGCUGGACCGAGGAGGGCGAGUCAAUUUUACGGAAAUUGAACUUUACCGUCAAAGCGGGAGAAAUUGUUUUCGUGAUGGGGCCCGUGGCCUGCGGCAAGUCGACACUGAUGAAGGGACUUUUGGGUGAAACGCCUUGCUUGGAAGGGGAGGUAGCGGUUGCACAUCCCGAAAUUGCAUUCUGUGAUCAGUCCCCCUGGAUUACGAACGGCUCGAUCCGAUCCAACAUUACCUUCUCGUCUCCACUUGAUGCCGCCUUGUAUGACAUGGUCAUUCAUUGCUGUGAUCUGGCAUUUGAUAUUGCAACACUAGCUCAGGGCGAUGCAACAGUCAUUGGCAGCAAAGGCUUCUCACUCAGCGCAGGUCAAAGGCAACGAGUGGCCCUCGCUCGUGCGGUAUACUCGCGCAAAAAGAUUGCUUUGUUGGACGACGUGUUCAGCCAGCUAGAUGCAAGCACACAGACCAAGAUCGCCAGCCGUCUGCUCGGGCCGGAAGGCCUCUAUCGGCGUUGGGGAACAACGGUCAUUCUGACAACUACUUCGGACAUAUUUUCGUCGCUCGCCGACAAUAUCAUCAUCCUGAAUCAGUCUGGAGAAAUUGCUCAACAAGGAAAUCAUACAGCCCUUGGACUAGAAGACGGUAGUGUCUACAGGCAAUCUCGCCAGUCAAAUGAUGAGAUUGGGGCCGCAGCUUCCCUGGACAAUGAUUCUCCAGCAAAGGCGGCGACUGGAGAAAAGGAGAAGCAAGGUAAUAAUGUAGAAAACACGACUAGCGAAGCACGAGUGAAGCCGCCCAGGACAGACUUUUCCGUUUACCGAUACUACUUCUCAACGGUCAGCUCGAAGAAGGCCGUCGUAUUUGUCGUUUUCCAAAUCUGCCUGGCAUUCUUGUCCUCUUUUCCCUUUGUUUGGUUGAAAUGGUGGUCCGAUAGCAACACAGACGUCCGCGACAGUCGGACAGGGUACUACAUUGGUGUCUACUCUGCUAUGCAAGGUGCAGCACUGGUUGCAUCCGGGUUGGUAACAUGGUGGACGUUGAAUGUACUGGCAGUCACCACGGGCUUUCAACUUCAUGCGACUCUGGCGAAGACACUCAUGCGUGCUACACUGAAAUUGGUCGGUACCACCGAAGGUGGCGGCAUAUUGAACCGGUUCACACAAGAUAUCCAGCUGGCUGAUGUCCAGCUUCCUCUUGCGCUUCAAGUUGUUGUGACCAACCUCUUAAUCGGCAUAGCGCAAGCCGGUUUGAUUGCUUCAGCAUCGGCGUGGAUUGCUGUCAGCUAUCCGUUUUUAGUUGCCGUGUUCUUUAUCAUCCCCAAGUACUAUGUCCGCACAGCACGACAGAUCAGAACAUUGGAUCUGGAACAAAAGGCUCCGUUAUACGCUCAAUUUCUCGAGACUCUGGAAGGUAUGACCAGCAUCCGAGCCUUUUCAUGGCAAGGUUCGUCUUUUGGGAAGAACUACGAACUAGUCGACCAGUCCCAAAAACCGUUCUAUCUCAUGUACGUGAUCCAGAAAUGGUUAAGUCUGGUCCUUGAUAUGGCCAUUGCUGGCCUGGCUGUUCUCGUCGUUGGCGUUGCCGUGGCACUGCGUGAUACAGUGUCGGCUGGAUUCACAGGUGUCUCGCUCACUCAAAUUGUCUCGUUCACUUCUUACCUCAAGAUGAUGAUUCUUUUUUGGGCUCAGCUUCAGACCGCGAUGGCUGCAGUGGAAAGGAUCCACCGUUUCAGUCGAGACACUGAGGAAGAGUCCUGUCCGGACCCGGCAUACCAGCCUCUUCCUGAGUGGCCAGCGAGGGGCGAAGUCCGUAUUCAAGGCCUCUCUGCCCGAUACAAAGAUGACUCCCAGAGUACUGUUCUGAGUGAUGUCAACCUCGAGAUCGGUGCAGGAGAGAAAGUGUGUAUUUGUGGCCGCACGGGAAGUGGCAAGAGCUCCCUGGUCCUCAUACUACUUCGCCUACUUGAUCCCUUCGAAGGCACCAUCACCAUUGAUGGGAUCGACAUUGUCUCUCUCUCUCGCGACCUGGUUCGGGCGCGCAUCAUUGGAGUUGCAGAAGAGCCCUUCUUCUUCCCAGGCACUGUCCGCCAGAAUAUGGAUCCGUACGGUGAGGUUGCAGACGACGCCAUGGUACAAGCACUAGUCGAUAUGAGCUUGUGGCGCAUCUUUGAGACCCAUGGUCUCGAUACAAAACUGGACAAGGAGAUGAUGAGCCAUGGUCAGCGGCAGUUAUUCAAUAUCGCUCGAGCGUUGCUGAGGAGUGGGAAUUUGGUAGUAUUUGAUGAGGUUACCAGCAGUCUGGACAAGGACGCAGAAGCGGUCGUCAACCGCGUCAUUCAGACACGCCUGAAGUAUCAUACGGUCAUUUCUGUCGUGCAUAAGCUGGAGUUUGCACUUCUCUUUGAUAAGGUGAUUGUCAUGGACCAGGGCCAUGUCGUGGAAUUCGGUGCUCCCGCCAUUCUCAUGGAGGGCGAGUCAAAAUUUCGCAAGUUAUAUGAGUCUCAGAGACCCGUCUCUGAUUAG